UUUUUACGUAUACUACGUCAACACGCAUUUUGCCUGGCACAAGGAUCAAUACAACAGUCGUUCUAGUACAUAUUUGCCUGCUGUGAUGGAAGUUGCACGCCGGGAAACAUACUUGAUAACAGGAGGGUGUGGAUAUUUUGGCUAUCGUGACGAAUCGGAUUGUUAUGCUCGUUCUCAACACAAGGUGGCGUCCCCACAUCAAUUUAGUUUACUUGUAUACUAGGACGGUAUGUUAAAAGAUGUACCCAUUUUGAAUACCUGCAGCCUGGCAACCCACCUGCAUAAAAAAGGAGCCAAAAUUAUCCUGUUUGACAUCACCCGUCCAAAGCAAGAGGUCCCGGAAGGAAUGGUGUUUCUCGAGGGUGACAUACGUAGCUCUGACCAGGUGGGGAGCGCUGUCGCCGGCGUAGACUGUGUGUUCCACAUCGCCUCCUACGGGAUGUCGGGCAGGGAGCAGCUGAACCGAGACCUGAUUGAGGCUGUAAACGUUCAAGGCACACAGAACGUCAUCAAGACCUGUUUGGAAAAAGGAAUACCAAGGCUGGUAUACACCAGCACCUUCAAUGUGGUCUUUGGGGGUCAGGAGAUACAGAACGGAGACGAAACCCUCCCUUACCUGCCGCUCCAUCUUCACCCGGACCACUAUUCCAGAACCAAGUCCCUGGCGGAGAUGGCUGUGAUCAAAUCAAAUGGAGUCACACUGAAAGAUGGUUCUGGAGUGCUGAGAACGUGCGCCCUGCGCCCGGCGGGUAUUUACGGGCCCGGAGAGCAGAGGCAUCUACCAAGGAUCGUGGGCUACAUCGAGAAAGGCGUCUUUAGGUUCGUUUACGGCAAACCCAGCAGCCUGGUGGAGUUUGUGCAUGUGGACAACCUUGUGUCGGCGCACGUGUUGGCUGCAGAUGCUUUGACCGCCACGAGGCAGCACCGCUCGGCAGGCCAGGCCUACUUCAUCUCAGACGGACAGCCCGUCAAUAACUUUGAAUUCUUCAGGCCUCUCGUUGAAGGUCUGGGCUACCCUUUCCCCACGCUGCGUCUCCCCAUCGCCCUCAUUUACUUUAUUGCCUUCCUCACCGAAAUGAUCCAUCACCUGGUGGGACCUUUGUAUAACUUCCAGCCGCUGCUAACGCGCACAGAGGUGUACAAAACAGGCGUGACUCACUACUUCAGCAUGGCCAAAGCCAAGGCCCAGCUGGGUUACCAUCCAAAGGAGUACAACCUGGAUGAGGUUGUUGACUGGUUCCGGAGCAGAGGCCACGGGAGGAAACAGCAAUGCUCCGGCUUCGGUCGACUCGUGGUCAACGCCCUGUUGGCUGCUGCCUUCACGGCCGCACUGCUCUCUUUUCUGCCAGUUGUUGGCAGCAGAUAACACGCCAAAGGACAAGAAAACACAUUAUGCUAACAAGAAUAUCGUAUGUACUGUAUCCAGGUUUACAAUGGGGUUUGUUUACAACGCUAUGUAUCAAGCUGCUUUUAUUGGAGACAAGGGGUGGGCGUUCAAAAAAUGUCUUAUUUUAUGGUAACGUAUUGUUUUCUACCUAAAACAAACAACACGUUUUUAAGAAUAUUCAUUCGUCUGUAUGCUGCAGCCAUAGCUUUGGCGAUUAUUACGUAACGUACAAAAUGGAGGGGGGCGUUCAUUAGAAUAGGUGAUAAUUGGAGAGAGGCUGUUAUUUAUGAAACACGUUAACAAACCGAAACAAAUUACAAUUACAGUCGUCCCUCGUUUAUCGUGGUUAAUGGGUUCCAGACCCGACAGCGAAGUAGUAUUCAAUAUUAAUAAAUUCAAUAUUUUUGUAGUUUGAGCAUAGAAAAUCUGUUUAUGGCCUUCUAAAUACUGAUUUUACCAUUGUUAGAGCCCUGUAGACAUGAAACAACACCCCUAUAGUCACCUUUACAUUUGUAUUACCCAAUAUAGUAGACAUAAUAAUAGAAAGUAAGCCAUUUUAGGCAUAAAUAAGAUUACACAUUAGUAUAGACACCUAGUAGACACCAUUAGUAGACACCUAGUGGCCAGUGUAGAAUACUAACGCUGUUUCUGGUUAAGGAGGGUCUCACGAUACGCUUCAGUCGCUUUAUUAAGAAGCAGAGAACGCACAUACAGUGAACUAUCACCCAGGAGCUGCUGUCGGCCACGCCCUACACUGCUAACCUGCUGCUAGCACUCAGCUAACAGUCCACUCUAGCUAGUCACUUCCCAGGCCCCACUUCUUAAAGGCGCACACAAGUCAGAGAUACUGUAUUACCUAGGUUCCCAAGGUGGGGUACGCGCACCCUCGGGUGUACGUGAAUAAAAAUGAAAAACAAUUAGUGCCAAACACGUACAAUUACGGCUCAAGGCGUGAGGAGAACGGAGCAGAAAGGAGACGGAGCAUGAAGUUGUUCAUUGCUAUGCGUGCAUUACAUGAACAAAUAAGUAAGUGUGAUGAUGACUUUGUGCAUUAAGAGUGUUUCAUCUUGAAGAUUUCAUUGAGCAGCGGUGAAAACCCGUCACUUUGAUUGGGGAAUCCUCCCAAAAAUAAGUCUUUAUCGCUGCUUAUGUGUAUUUUUGUACUUCGGGUACUGCUUUAUCGUGAUUGUUAAACUUUCCCCAUCAACUUGGUAUUAAAUGAAUAUGCAGACGUAAACCGCAGCCAUCGUGAUUGGACAGAAAAAGUAAAGCUCAAAUUUAAGUCAUUCAAAUGGAAGGAUGCCAACAUCAGACAGGAAUAAAAGAUAAGUAGGAUGAUUACUUAGCUAUUGAUCAGUGCUUAAACUUGAUCAAAAUGUGACCAUGCGAUUGACCCGGAAUUACUCUAAAAUUAAUUAACCAGGUAAUCAUGUUCAAUAUUUCAGGUUAAUUAAUAUGCCUUUUAAGUGUCCAGGAGUACGUGGGUACAUGGUUUCAGGUGAAAUGUGUGAAGGGGUACGCCACUGUGAAAAGUCACGUCCUAUCGCAUCUUCUGAACACCUUAUAUUUGUAUUUUCGUUCAUUUAGCCGUUUUUAUGCUUGAAGAUGCUUAACUUAGGCCAAGAAUACGUGCAAUUUGAUUCUUUUUUUUUUUACUAAUAGUAGGCCAUAUUAAAUAACAAACGAUCAUUUAUUAAUUAUUUGUAGAAAAAACCCGAUAGCGUGAGGGAGCGAUGUUUGAACCGCGAUGUAGCGAGGGACGACCGUACCCAAACUGGAUGGGGAAUUGACCAAAUCCCGGAUUUACAGGAAACGAUUAAGUUUUGAAAACACAUGAACAAAAUGCACAAUAAAUUAGCUUGACUUAGUAAUGUGCCUUUUGCUUAAUUUGUAGUUAUGUAGUUAAAUGUGAAAACUCAACUUUAAUAAUGAUUUGGAGUGCAUGAGAAAGUGGAAAGGACACUAGCUCUCUUCGGCCACGUGGUCAUUGAUUAACUGUAUAUUGAACAACACAGCAGCAACAGAACCAAUGUUGUCGUAGCGGUAAAGAGAACAUAACACUGAUGAGUUCAUCGUAAAUAACAAUGCGGCAAGUGUAACGCGUGAUGUUGAGUAGCAGUAUUUUAAAGCGCAUGUAGAGAUAGCUAAAGCUGCUGGAUGCUGACCACCGUGAUUGUUUAAAUGCAGCUACUGCCAUCUUGUGGGGUACAUUUUUUUUAAAACCACAUCAGGAGGUUGCCUACGGCCACCUAUGUUACCAGUGCUAAUGUGAGACUUAGUGGUCAUUUACUUUUGUAGACAACCCCUGGUGACCAUAUGAGAAAGGCCAGUUUAUUGAGUAGAAUCAUUAUUUUGUGUGCAGUGAAUCUACCAAAAAUAUUUGAGUUCACAUUGGAGACAUUCAGGUUCAAUUCAAGUUCAGUUAGGUCAUGUCACGAUAACAAAUUUUGCCUUCCGAUUGUUGUGCUACAAAUUAUCGCCGAUAAUCGAUAAUAUGGAUAGAUUUUUUUAGACAAUUUUUUCAUUAAUCGCCUUUAAGGUGUAAUUCACAUUUGAACCACUAGAUGACACUCAAGUAUGCAUGUAAGUUCUCACAAGCGAUUUGUACUGUCUGUCAAACAUUUCCCGAAAUGUUGGCUUUUCAACCGUAUUGGAAGGUUGUAUUUCUUUUGCAGUGUGGCAAACAGCACUGUCUGUGAACACGCGCCAUUUUGUGCUGUUUCGUUUUAUAUUUACGCCGCCGAUCAAACGCCUCAGUAAGUGUUGACUGUCGGGACGAAGGCUCUGAUGCACAUCCACACUGGAGCUGUGGGAUUGGGCUUAGAAACUGUCGCUUUGUGUCAUGCCUUUGCUUGCUAACUGCUAGCACUCUGUGUAUCCACUCACUCAUCGCCCCCGCCUCCACGUACUGGGACAAAGAGCCUGAAUGGCUGACGGGAGGGUUGACUCCCUCCAUUCAUUCCACUACACUAAAGAACCAAUGCGCAGAGACACGUGCAGAGUGAACCCUCUUGUCAUCCACCCUGUGUGGUACAGCGAGACGAGGGAAAGGACCAGGCUUACGUACAUGCACAUGUCAAUUUAUCGACGCCGUCAAAAUGACCCACCUUGUAUUUUUUUAUUGUUGGAUUUAUCGUGACAGGCCCAAGUGCCAAAAAGUCCAAUUUGUCUUUUCCAUGUUUACUGUAAUUCAGUGUUGGUAGACGCAGCGCAGACUUUAACUGUCAUUUGAAUGAAAGUCCGUGUACACACUUUGUUUGUAUUCAUUUACCAUCCUGUUUUGGAAGCAUCAUUGUGAUCGCAAACUGUGCUGAACUGUGAACAAUAAAUCUUUUCCAAUACCGUCAAAAUAAAGGUACUUUUAGGAAAUGUUGUUCAUUCUGUCUUAAU